AUGCCGACAGCGGCCCAGCGUGCUGCUAUGCGGGCUGGGCCUGCGAGAGAUACCGAGUCAGUAGCCUCCUCGCGCAGCCAAGCGGAGGUGGUCGAAAUACCGGUCCCAAAGGUCAUUCCGCCCAAGGCGUGGAGCCCGACCCCGGCCUUCAGGCCCCUGUCGCAGUCGCUGCGCCCAUGGUCCGGGUCGCUUUACCAGCCCCUCCUGGUCCCAGCUCCCAGCUUCGCACAUGGGGUGCCGGUGCCUUUGCCUCUGCAACCCGAGUCUCCGAUCUUCAGCUCACACCAGCACCUCGCGUCUCCCCAAGCUCCCAGUCGCUUUCGGAGUUUCAGCCCACCUCCUCUUCCCAAAGCCCGGCAGACCUCACCAGUCGCUGCUCGGUCGAUCUGGCCUCGUCCUACAGCUACAGCCCAAGGGCACUGGCAAAGCCCCAGUGUGCCAAGGCCUUCCAGGUCGCUCUCACCGGGGCGGCAGCUUUCGAAGCCCUCUCCCGCUUCUGCACUGGAGCCUCGAACGCGCAUUGCGGUGGCCCCUGAGAAUUCACCCUGUGUCCCCCACGAGUCCCCACCGCGGAGCGCGGAGUCCCUGCAGAGCCCUCCAAAGAGUGCUGCAGAGGCGCCGCCAUUGCCAGUGACAAGGAUGAUGAGCACCUCUUGGCUGCCAAAGCGCAACCAUCGGGCUUCCACCGUGCUGGGUCGCGAGCCCAUGCCAAGCGUCGAGAGGGACUUCGACGCCGCGGCUUUGAGCCUCGGCGCCUCAGAGAACCCGGGGCCCAGCGUCGAGGCCAUGAAGCUGGAGCUGAAGAGACGGGGGCUGGACUUCGUCUUCUGCUUCUCAAGGGAGGAUCUCCACCGGCGCCUGCGCGAGGAGAUGAUCGAGGAGUUUGCGCGGGAAGCGGCCGAGAGGAAGCUGAGAAGUACGUGCGAGGAUGCCGGCCGAGAGGAUCCUAUAGCCAUUGAGCUGGUUCUUCGCGUCGCUUCCGGGGGAGGCACGGGAGCACGUCUUUGGUCCGGCGGCCUGCUCCUUGCGGAGUACCUGGUCCGAAGUGCCGAGGAGAAGGCAGAGCUGCUCUUCGACAAAGAGGUCCUUGAGCUAGGCGCCGGCGUCGCUGCGUUGCCCGCAUCGAUUGCUGCGCGACUGGGCGCCCGCCGUGUCGUAGCCUCCGAUGGCCUCGAGGGCGUCCUCGAGCAGAUGAGGAAGAACCUGGCCCAGAACGCUCCGACUGUGGAGAUUCGCAGCAUCCCGUGGCUGCCGGCCGGGCGGCGGAGCUACCGACACAAGGACCAGUUUGACGUCAUACUCUUUGCAGAUGGCAUCUACACGGAGCGGGGCGCCCUACUCCUGGCGGAUGCUGCGACGGCGCUGUUGAGGCCCGGUGGAGUGCUCUUGGGCGCGCUACCUGACCUGCGCGCCGGAAUCGAAUCCUUCGAGGACGACCUCCGCAGCCGUGGUCUCACGGCUUGCGAGGUUCUCCUCGACGAGGACAUCAUCUCGGCUGCCUCCCGACCCUACGAUGAGGAUGAAUGCGGCUUCAUAGCAGGUGGCUCGGCGAAGGGCUACCGGAUCGUGAUGUGGCGUUCGGAAAUGGAG